AUGGGAGAUAAAGAUACCUUGCUGGACAACCUAGCAACAGUGCACAACAUCACAAAAAACCUGAUUACAAAAAUACAACCUAACACUGUAUUUGAUGAGACAGUUCUAAAGAGAGGUAUCUUGCUGAUACAGAAUGCAGCGAAUAAAUUAAGGGAAUUUGAAAAACUGUUAUGUCCAGAACAUAAGCGUGAUGAUGUAAGUAACAGUAACACAAACCAGUUGCAAAGCUUGACAGAUAAUGUAAUAAAGAAUGAAUUGACGGAUGAAUAUGAUGCAGACACUGAUAUUGAUGAUGAAAUAAUUGAGCCAACUCCUCAGAAAGAGAAGUCAAAGCCAGUAGUAAAAGUUGAAUUAACUGAGGAGGAAAAAAAGGAUGCGAAAGAGCUGAUGAAUUCUUUCAUUGAAGAUGAGGAAGAUUUUGAUGAGCAAAUGCUGCAGGAGAUUGAUGAAGCCUGCAAUCAAGCAAAUUUGACUCCUGAUAACAGCCAUGAAGAGAAAGACGACGACGUUGAGGAAGAGCAUGGAAUAACAUUAGUCGCAAUAGAUGAAGCUCACUGUGUGUCACAGUGGGGACAUGAUUUCAGAUCUGCAUAUAGAACAUUGGGAAGUCUCAGAAAUAUUUUACCAUCAGUACCCUUUAUGGCAUUAACAGCUACUGCCACACCAGAAGUACAAAGUGAUAUCAUAAGAUCUCUAGCACUGAAAAAUCCACUGGUUACAUGCACAAGUUUUGACAGGCCAAAUCUAUACCUAGAAGUAAGAAUGAAAAGUGGUAAUAUACAACAUGAUUUGAUGCCCUUUCUCAAGGAGACAAAGCAGUUUCAUUAUGAGUUUGAUGGUCCAACUAUAAUUUACUGUCCAACUAAGAAGGCAACAAGCAAUGUAGGAGCUGUCCUAAAAAGUAUGGGUGUGAAAGCAGAAAUCUACCAUGCUGGUCUCAGUUUACAGCAACGUAAUAAUGCGCAUCACAAAUUUGUAAGAGAUGAAAUACAGCUGGAGAAGAUGUCACAAAAGUUACUUCUCCAGCCUUCAUGA